GACAACAACCCAACUGCCGAUAUAUGAUCCGCUCCAUCUCUAGAUAUAUAGAACUUGGCAUCGUAUGACCUUUCUUCUGUUCCUCACAACAGUUGGACCCUGGGUGGCCUGAUAAUUGUCCAAUAGUACUGCUACUAGUACUAGUACUAGUACUUCUAUCAUAGUACAAUAUGGCAUCCCAAAUAGAUCCUAGGCUCUAUCCCCGCAGAGUCCGAUAUGCAGCUCUACUCACCGUCAAUGUAUUCGUCUUCAUGGGCAAUAUGUACUCAUCAGGGAUAGCGACCGGCUUCGACUCCCUCGCGGCCGAUCUCCACGUCGAAUACCAAAAGCUCGCUGACCUAAUCUCGUGGUCCGUCUUGUCCAUGGGCCUAGCCAAUCUGGUCUGGAUGCCGCUGGCACUAUGCUUCGGAAAACGCCCGGUUGUACUCGUGUCCAUGGCCAUGUUUGUCGCUGGGAUAAUCUGGACGGUCGUCGCAAAGGACUACAAUAGCUUGAUGGGAGCUAGAGUGUUUGCUAGUUUUGGCUAUGGAUCGAUCGAGUCAUUGGGGCCUAGUAUCCUUGCUGACAUGUUCUACGAACGCAACUACUCCAGUGCAAUGGCAAUCUACGCUCUCUUCCUCUCGGCUGGCUCCCAAGUCGGUCCCCUCAUCGCUGGUUACCUCGUUGCUGCCCGUGGCUGGCGCUGGUUCUUCAUCCUGUGUCUCAUUAUUGCUGCAGUCAACUUCGUAACUACCUUCUUCUUUCUUCCAGAGACGCUCUACGAGCCUGGUCCCGAGGAGCAAUUGGAUGUGGACGAUAAGGAGAAGGCCGAGGCCUACCAGAGCCACGUGGAGGCCGUACCCGACGUCAACACCUGGCGGCGGCAGCAGCAGCAACAAUUCUCCUACGGAGGGUAUUGGAAGAGUUUGUUUAAAGUUGGCCUAUCGGAUGCAGCAAGAGAAAAUGGUGUCUUCAAGCAUCUGGCUCGGCUGUUCUGGCUACCGUUGCCUAUGCUUCUAGUCCCGGGAGUUUUGAUAGCUGCGAUGAUGUACGGUGUUGUAUUAGGAGGUGUGGUCUCUAUAUCCACCCUUUCUGCCAACAUCUUCUCCCCUCCGCCAUAUAACUUCUCCUCUGCUGCUCUCGGCCUCUGGACGCUUGGUAGCUUCGUCGGCAUUCUCGUCGUAUGGCCCAUCGCGGGCCCUCUGACUGACGCUCUCUCUGCCUAUCUCCGCAAACGCAAUAAUGGCGUCCAUAAACCGGAGCAUCGGGUUCCCGCCCUCAUUAUCCCGUUCGUCAUCACUCCACUUGGUCUGGUUAUCUUUGGAUACACCGUCUCCCGCCACAUGCAGUAUGUGAUACCGGCAGUAGGUUCGGCCAUGUCUGCAGCAGGGUUGACGCUAGUCCCUUCGGUGAUGUUGUCAUAUGUUGUCGACUCAUACCCGGACACUAGCGGCGAGGCGCUAGUAUUGGUGAAUGCUAGCAAGAACGUCGUUGCCUUCGGGUUGAGCAAGGGAUCAGUGGACUGGAUGACCACCCAGGGUGUGGACAAGAUGUUCUAUGAAUUCGCUGCUGUACAAUGGGCGGUCCUCGCUUUGGGAUUACCAUUAUAUUUCUUCGGGCCGUGGAUCAGGAAGAGAACUUCCAAGUACUUUUAACGAUGAUCAGUCUCUAUAUAUAUAUAUAUG